AUGACGUCUCUCCAAUCCGACUUUGGUAGCCAUUUUGGCAUCGAAAAUAUUCCUUUCGGAGUCGCAUCUUCAAGCAGACAUGCAUCACCGCAAGCAGUCACUCGCUUCGAAAACAAGGUGGUCUUCCUUGCAGACUUGGUAGAAUCUACUUCUGAGCUGCAAAGUCUGCCCUAUGGCAUUUUCUCGCAACCAACUCUGAAUGCAUUUGCAGCUCUUGGUAGACCUGCUCAUAGACUUGUUCGCUCUGCCGUUCAAAAACUCAUUCAAGAGAGCAAGUUACCCGAGGGCAGCACUGAGGAUGUUUCAGCAUGCCAAAUGCAUCUUCCAGUAUCGGUUGCAGACUUUACAGACUUCUCAUGCUCUGAGUACCACAAUCUGAAUGCCGGUUUUGCUGCUACGGGAAGAAAAGGACUUCNNCCUCCCUCUUGGGGCUUCAUUCCUCCAGGUAAGUCUGAUCAACACUCCCCUUCGUAUAGCACAUACUUACAUCGUCAAGGUUAUGCUGGUAGAUGUUCAAGCAUCAAGAUUUCUGGAACUCCUGUGAGAAGACCUGUUGGCCAAUUUUGGGAAGACCAUAUGGCAGCGAUGAAAGGCGAGAACAAGAAGAUCGUUUAUGGUCCGAGUCGCAGAAUGGACUACGAGAUGGAAUUGUCCGCUGUAAUAGGCAAGCCACUUCCAUACGGCCAGACUGUCACAGCACAGAAUGCUGGCGAGCACAUCUUUGGCUUUGUGAUGCUGAAUGACUGGAGUGGUAAGUCUUACACCGGACAUGUCGAAAUGUUACACAGGCUAACUCGUCAACAGNCUCGCGAUAUCCAGAUAUUAGAAAUGGUCCCACUCGGCCCCUUGAACUCCAAGAACUCUGGAACAACCCUGUCACCCUGGAUUAUUACAUACGACGCUUUGGAGCCGUUCCGAGUCUCAGGGCCAGGCUGGAAACAUACUUUGCCUCCCCACCUCGCUGUGGAGAAGGACGAUCGUGGCUUGUCCAUCGAUCUCUCUGUCUUCGUUCAAUCACCCGAGAACGACGUGACUCGUGCUUGCGUAGCAAACAGUAGCGUUCUUGCAUGGUCUUUCGAGCAGCUGUUGGCGCACCAAGGCAGCGCAGGUUGUGGUUUCCAAGCUGGAGAUCUGCUCGCUUGUGGCACUGUGUCAGAAGAGUCGGAAGAUGGGCGUGGAUGUAUGCUUGAACACAACCUUCCACCGCCAUCUGUACAGCGUGGUUACCUCGCGGAUGGUGUUGUCGUUCAAUUCACAGGAAAGUGCGGCGAAGGCGUUGGUUUUGGUGAAUGUCGAGCAGAACUACUGCCAGCUCUGUCUACAGAGACAUGGACUAGUGAGUAA